CAAUUAAAAACGCACAGAUGUUUUUUAAUAGUAUUUGUGUUUUCAGAUGUCGUUUAAAACCAAGAAAAGUUCAAAGAAAAUCAUAAUUUUAGAUUUAAAAUAAAGAAUAGAAACAAAAAAAGAAGUACGGAGUCCUACGGCACUUUUUACAGCGUGUGUUUCCGUGCGUGUGCCUCCGAGUCUUCUGCCUCCUGAUUGGCUAUAACCUCCUUUCCUCUGAUUGGUUCCGGACUCAAACUCUUCUGACCAAUGUUUGUUCGUCUCUUUUCUUUUCUUUCAGCAGCGGCUUCUUAAUUAAUUGCAGCUAUCUGUCUCCUAUCGAUGUGUGUGUGUCUCUCUGUGUGUGUGUGUCUGUGUGGAUGUUAGUAAAUGCGUGUGUGAGUGGGGGUAUGUGUGUGUGUGUACACGCGUGUGCGUGUGUUGCCUUCUUUCUCUUCCCCCUAAACCCAACAUGAAAUAGUUUUGUUGGGGCUACACACUCUUCUCCUCUCCUCUCCUCUCCUCUUCUCCUCUCCGUCCCCCUCUUCUCUUCUUCUCUUCUCCUCUCCUUCCUUCCAUCCUUCCUCCUCUUCCUUCUUUUCCCGUCCUGCUGCCGCUUGGUCCAGGACUGACGGAGGAGCGGAGACCCAGCUGUGUUCCGGUCCGUCCACUGCCCCACCGCCGCCUCAGCUGCACUUUUGCCGGUGAUGUUGGACAUGGGAGAUCGCAGAGAGACCAAAAUGAUUCCGAAAUCCUCUUUCAGCAUCAACAGUUUGGUGCCGGAGGCAGUGCAGAGCGACAACAACAACAACAACCAGAACCACCACCAUCACCACCAGAACCACCACCACAGCCACCUCCACGGCCACGGCCACGGCCAGAGCCUUAGCCUGAACCACCACCAGAACCAGCACCACCUGCAGCACCACCACAGUCUGCAGCAGCAGCAGAGCCAGAGUCUGCAGCAGCAGAACCAGAGCCAGAACCUGCAGAGACAGGACGAGGCCGAGCGCAAGGCUCCGCCACAGGACUCACCGGCGGAGGCAAAAAAGAGCGAAGCUCCGGCGGCCGUGCAGGAGGAGAAAAAGAAGGAGAAACAGGAGCAGCAGCAGGAGCCGCAGGAAGACGAAAAGGAGAAGGAAAAGGAGUCGGGGGAUUCUACAGGGAAGGAGGCAGCAGAGAAGAAGAGCAGCGGAAAGUACGAGAAGCCCCCGUUCAGCUACAACGCGCUGAUCAUGAUGGCGAUCCGGCAGAGUCCGGAGAAGCGGCUGACGCUGAACGGCAUCUACGAGUUCAUCAUGAAGAACUUCCCUUACUACCGCGAGAACAAGCAGGGUUGGCAGAACUCCAUCCGACACAACCUCAGCCUCAACAAGUGCUUCGUCAAAGUCCCGCGACACUACGACGACCCGGGAAAGGGCAACUACUGGAUGCUGGACCCCAGCAGCGACGACGUCUUCAUCGGCGGAACCACCGGGAAGCUGCGCCGCCGCUCCACCACAUCCCGGGCCAAGCUGGCCUUUAAGCGGGGGGCUCGCCUCACCGCCUCAGGCCUCACCUUCAUGGAGCGCGCCGGCUCCCUCUACUGGCCCGUGUCCCCUUUCCUGUCCCUACAUCACCCGCGGGUCACCGGGGGCGGCGGCAGCGCUGCGGCGGCGGCGGCAGCGGCGACCAGCUAUUUUUUCCCGCACGUUCCUCACCCGCACAUGAGCGCGCAGAGCGGCGGCGGAGGUGGAGGCGUUGUAGGGAGCGCCGCUUCUCUGUCGCAGGUGCAGCCGCAGGGCCUGACGCGGGCCGCGGCCUCUGCCUCCCCACAGGCUCCUGCACCCUCCUCCUCCUCCUCCGGCUCCUCCUGUGACUCCCUGCGGCCGCCGCUCACCGCAGCGCUGCCCGCAUUCCCCACCGGGCUGUCGUCGGGGCUCUCUGACUAUUUCACGCACCCGAACCCGCAUCAGGGCUCGACCUCCAACCCUCUCAUACACUAA